AUGUAAUAGACUUUCAAUUUUUUUAGCAACAUAAGCCCAUUAUUUUUUUUUCUAACUUACUACUAUCCAUGUUUCCAAACAAUAAUAUUUUUUCACUACUAUACAUAUUGCCAAACAAUCCCAUUUUGUACUUGAGUUUUAAUAAGAUAGAUGGAAUUGGACAAACUUGAUAUGCGUUAAAACAAAAACAAAAUCUGCGCGGUUGCGCGGGUCAUGAUCUAGUAAUUUUAAUGAUUAUAAGAGGGGGUUAGUGGGAGAUGAAUUUAGGUAGAGUUGAUUGAUUUUAAGAAUCAAGAUAUUUGUUAAAAUUAUAAAAAAGUUUUAAUGAAUUUUUCAUAUUUAAGAAGUCCAUGAAACUAUUUUACUACAAUGAUUUUGAGAAUCAUGAGUAUAUAUGCAAUAUUUUGAAAGUCUUUUUUUAAGAGUUAAAAUCUUAAGAAUCCAAAAUUCUAAUAACAUUAGAUUUUGAUAGAAUUAAGAAUCCUUCAAAUCCAAUUUUUUUUGAAUUACAAUGGAUUCUAUAUGUUAUUAAAAAAUCAUCAAACUAAAUAAUACUUGAUUUUAUAAGAAUGUUAGAAUCUAUUAGCCAAUAAUUAUAGACUUUUAAAAUUCUAACAAUCGUUAUAAAUAUAGAGUAACACCUCCUAAAUCUACGUAUACAAUGAUCCUGAUUUGUUUUGUCAGCUUCCCAUCUAUUUUCAAUGGUCCUGAUUUGGUUGUGAUAUAAAAAACGUUUACACAACCGAUUUAGACUGUUCAUAUUUUACAUAACAGAAGUUUGAGAUUUCCAAACAACUUCCCCCCCCCCCCCCCCCUCCCCACAAGAAAAAAAAAAAAAAAAAAUUUAAAAAUAGAAGAAAAAAUGGUCGGUCGCGGUAGUAUUUACGAGUUACGAAGUUGGAUGUAUUUGCACAAGAUUCCGACGGGAGAGUGACGAAUGCAUUUCUGAACGGGCUAGAGACAUUCAUGCACCAGGCGGGCUGUACACCGAUCACGCAGGAAAGCGGUAAGAUGUUCUGCCCCUGUCAAAAAUGCAAGAAUUCGAAAUUUGCACGUAGUGAAACUGUAUGGAAUCAUUUAGUAAACAGAAGAUUUACACCACAGUACUACAUUUGGUAUCAACAUGGAGAGGGUUAUGGGGAAAAUGAAGCUAGUAGUAGUAAUGCUAAUUUUGAGGAUGUUCAUCAUAAUGAAGAACCGAAUCAUGUGCAUUAUGAAUAUAAUUAUCAUCAAGAGGAGCAGAUGGUAGAUCAUGAUAGGGUUCAAGAUAUGAUUAGUGAUGCAUUUUUAGAAACAACUACAACAAUAGCUGAUGGAACUGGAAAUGUAGAAGAACCUAAUUUGGAUACAAAAAGGUUUUAUGAAAUGCUAGAUGCUGCAAAUCAACCAAUCUACACUGGUUGUAGAGAAGGUCUCUCUAAAUUGUCUCUAGCAGCUAGGAUGAUGAAUAUUAAAACGGAUCAUAAUUUACCUGAGAAUUGCAUGGAUGCAUGGCCGGAGUUGUUUAAAGAGUAUUUGCCAGAAGACAACGUGUCUGCUGAAUCUUAUUAUGAGAUUCAGAAAUUGGUUUAUAGUCAUGGGUUACCCUCGGAGAUGAUUGAUGUUUGCAUCGACAACUGCAUGAUCUACUGGAAGGAAGAUGACAAGUUAGAAGAGUGUUGAUUCUGCAAAAACCACGAUUCAAACCGCAAGGCCGUGGGAGGAAUAAGGUACCGUACCAAAUGAUGUGGUACCUACCAAUUACAGACAUAUUGAAAAGAUUAUAUCAAUCUGAGAGGACUGCUGCAUCGAUGAGGUGGCAUGCCGAACAUGUCCAGAGAGAUGGUGAGGUUGCACAUCCAUCAGACGCAAGAGCGUGGAAACAUUUCAACAAGGUACACGCAGAUUUUGCUACAAAUAUUCGGAAUGUCUAUCUUGGGUUAUGCACCGAUGGAUUUAGUCCAUUUGGAAUGUCUGGUAGACAAUAUUCUUUGUGGCCAGUCAUUCUUACGCCGUACAAUUUACCGCCGGAUAUGUGCAUGGAACAAGAAUUUCUAUUUUUGACCAUAUUAAUCCCAGGGCCGAAGCAUCCAAAACGGUCUCUUGAUGUUUUUCUUCAACCGUUGAUAGAAGAGCUAAAGCAAUUGUGGUCAGAAGGGGUGAGGACGUACGAUUGUUCCUUGAAAAACAAUUUUACGAUGCGAGCAGUUCUGAUGUGGACGAUAAGUGAUUUCCCUGCUUAUGGGAUGUUGUCUGGCUGGACAACACAUGGAAGAUUAUCUUGUCCGUAUUGUCUUGGAUCCACGGAUGCUUUUCAACUGAAGAAUGGUAGGAAGAGUUGUUGGUUUGAUUGUCAUCGUCGCUUUCUUCCACAUGUCCAUCCGUACAGAAGAAAUAAGACACUGUUUCGACACAAAAAAAUUGUCAGAGACAGUCCUCCUCCAUAUCUCACCGGCCAGCAGAUCGAAGCGGACAUUGAUUAUUACGGAGCUCAGAAAACAGUUAAGGUUGGAGGAAAUUGGCAUGUUCCUGGAAAUAUGCCUGAUGGGUAUGGUGUCUCUCACAAUUGGCAUAAGAAGAGUAUAUUUUGGGAGCUACCCUAUUGGAAGGAUCUUCUCUUACGCCACAAUCUGGAUGUCAUGCAUAUCGAGAAGAACUUUUUUGAGAACAUCAUGAAUACAUUACUUAACGUCCCUGGGAAGACAAAAGAUAACAAAAAGUCAAGGAUGGACUUACCUGAUAUUUGCUCAAGAAGUGAGUUACAUAUCAAGAGCAAUGGAAACGUUCCUGUUCCCAUCUUCCGGUUGUCAUCAGCAGCCAAAACAACCUUGUUUGACUGGGUUGCAUCGGAAGUUAAGUUUCCUGAUGGUUAUGUUUCAAAUAUGUCAAGAUGUAUUGAACGAGGUCAAAAGUUCUCCGGAAUUAAAAGUCAUGAUUGUCAUGUGUUUAUGCAACGACUGCUUCCAUUUGCUUUUGCCGAGCUCCUUCCAGCAAAUGUCCACGAACCACUUGCAGGUAAUUAUAAAUUUAUAUAUAUACAUAUGUUAUGAAAUGUUAUUAAUUUGAUUCCUUUUGAAAUAUACAGCCAUCGGAGCAUUUUUCAGAGAUCUUAGCACACGUACGUUCAAAGAAGAAGUCAUCGAACAACUUCAUCAGAACAUUCCGAUCAUAUUGUGCAACCUGGAGAAGAUAUUUCCUCCUUUAUUUUUUGACGUCAUGGAGCAUCUAGUUGUCCACCUACCGUAUGAAGCAUUGCUUCGUAGACCUGUUCACAACGGAUGGAUGUAUCCGUAUGAGCGACAGAUGAAACAUUUGAAGGGGAAAGCAAGAAAUCUUGCAAAGGUAGAAGGUUCAAUAGUUGCAGGGAGUUUGACAGCCGAAACAUCUAACUUCACAUCAUACUACUUUGCUCCAACUGUUCGUACGAGAAAAAGAGUUCCUAGUCGGCGGUUGGAGCAAAGUUCACAUCAUACUACUUUGCUCCAACCGCCGACAUCAUAUCCAAUUGAUGGUGUUCCUGACAUUUUCUGCGAAAUUGGACGGUUUGGUGGUAAAACAAAAGAAGUAUGGUGGUCAUGUGAAGAAGAUAAACAUAGUGCCCACACUUAUAUUCUGCUCAACUGCGAGGAUGCAAUGACCCGUUACUUUGAAAGGAUGUUUGUAUCUCAAGUUGAAGAAGCAAUACCAGGAAUAUCUGCA